GGGAGAUAAAGUUACUGCUCCAACAAAGACAGAUGAUUCAAAUCCAAAAACAGCAGAGAGAGCACAGUAGAGAAGAGAGAAGAAGGACGAGUUUGCUUAUGUUUAUACGCGUGUUUCACAAGCCACAUUUUCUUUUCAGAUCUUAUAGUUGUUCCCUUUCUUCUCAAACGUUCACACAUACUCACACACACACACACACUCCCUUUCCAUCUUCUCACGUCACUUUCAGAUCUAAAAAUUCACCUCUCCCACACGCACACACAUUGCACAACCAUUCUUUGCUACUUGCUUCCAACCAGUUUCCUCCGAUUCUCGAUCUGUGUUCAGCUUAUUGCUACGAGUUAAAUGUCCUUUUCCGGAUCCUCAUGCGCCUGAAUAUUACAUACAAUUUCAUGUAUAUCGACACUGGUUUUUCAAAAUAGUUGAUAGAUAGAAUCCGUUUUCGUUCGACUGCGUGUGGUGGGGGCAUAACACAACGUACUCGACAUGGCAUUGCAAUCGGGAGCUAUGGUGGUGCCGGAGAAAGUCCCUGUGCAGUGGUACAGCAGCCACCAGCUGCCGCCGCCGCCGCACCUUCAGGUGGACGAGAGGGAAGGCUUCCUGAUUUGGCUUAGAGGCGAAUUUGCAGCCGCCAACGCGAUUAUCGACGCCCUCUGCCACCACCUGCGGGCCGUGGGGGAUCCUGGGGAGUACGAUGGCGUGAUUGGGUGCAUACAGCAGAGGAGGUGCAAUUGGAACCCCAUUCUGCAUAUGCAGCAGUACUUCUCCGUGGCUGAGGUGGUUUACGCUCUACAGCAUGCCGGCUGGAAGCGCCAGCAGCAGAGGGCUGCGGCUCCCGAGGGGAGCGUGAGGGUUGGGGGAGGUGGAAAGGAUUUCAAGCGAGGGGGUAGGUGGCAGAGAGGAGGUGCUGAGGUGCAGGUGAACGGGAAGGAUCUGAACAAUGGGUAUGCCAAAGGAAAUUCAAACGCACCCGGGAAACUGGAAGUAGGAGAUAAGAUUGCAAAGGUGGAGGAGAAAGAGGAGAAGAAAGAAAUCAAUGAAAAAUAUGCAGCUGAUAGAACCUUGAAAAGGCAGGGAAGUGUACAAGGAAUUGUUACUCAUGCAGAUGAGUCUUGUAAUGUGGAUGGAUCUGAAAUCAUAAAAGUUUCUCCACGAACGUUUGUCGCUAACGAGAUAUGCGAGGGAAAAUUGGUAAAUGUAGCUGAAGGAAUGAAGCUGUCAAGCUUUUACUACCUUAAGGAGGCCCAUGAGAGGACGAGGAAGAGAGAUAAUCCAAUUGGGUACAUAAAAACAGAGCCCAUUCCUGAAUUGCUUCAAGACAUUAUUCAACGGGUACUUGCUGAACAAGUUGUUAGCGUCAAGCCAGAUUCCGUCAUAGUCGAUGUCUUCAAUGAGGGUGACUACUCACAACCUUAUAUGUGGUCACAAUCGUUUGGAAGGCCCGUAUGCCUUCUUUUCUUGACUGAAUGUGAGAUGUCCUUUAGUAGGGUGAUAACGGCCGAUCAUCCUGGGGACUUUCGAGGUGCCCUCAAACUCUCCCUUUCACCCGGAUCCAUGCUUGUAAUGCAAGGGAGAUCGUCCGAUUUCGCCCGACACGCCAUAUCCUCCCAGCGCAAGCAGCGCAUACUCAUCACUUUCGCAAAGUCGCAACCGAAAAAACUCAAUGCAGAGGCUCAAGGUUUUCCUCCACCUCCAUCCAACUGGGCCCCACCUCCCACUCACAUCCGUCCUGGGCCUGCAAAACACUUUGGGCCCCUUCCACCCACACCAGGCCCACACCCUCAGCCAAACAAUUGUAUCCAGCCAAUAUUCGUUCCUGGCCCAGUGAAGAAGCCUUCAUUCCCUCCGCAAGUACCACAAGCUCCGGGCUGGCCUGCGGGCCCGCCUCCUCGUCUGCCAUUACCUGGCACAGGCGUUUUCAUUCCACCUCAAGGCUCGGGCAACAACACAUCAGGCCAACAGCCUUCAUCAACUGAAAAUAUGGGCUUAGAGACAAUAUCUGCUCGUUCUUUGGAGGAAAAUGGCGGGAAGAAAUUGAACGAUGGUCAAGGGCUGCAAGACAAACGUGAGUGUAAUGGGACAGUGGUGAAAAAUGGGGAAGAGAUUGAGAAUAUGGAUGCGGUGGUCCAAGGUGGGGAAUGAGGGGGGAUAGUGAGCGGCUGGUUUUAUUCUUUUGAGGUAUUUUGAGUAGGCUGCCAAAUGUGAUUGAGUUUAAAGCAAAUGUAAAGAGCGGCGUAUGUGGGGAUAUAUACCUUCCACGCUUAUUAUUAAUAUCUGCAGAUUUACUUUAUUUUUAUUUAGCUUCAUUUGGACGCCCUUCUUGUUUUGUGCCGUGUUUUAGCAUUAUAUCUAUAUGUAUACGACCAAGAUGAACUCCUUCCUCAAGAUUGAGCCAAAGAUGUCCAUUUUUUUUUGUUUUAUUUUCGUCUUGUCUCUUUACAUUUUCUGUCGAUUGAAUACUGAAGACACAUAUCCAUCUAUUUUUGCAUUCUUAAAGCAGUUAUGCG